UUGAGAGCUUGUUCUGCGAAAGUCUCUGCACUGAAUUGUUGACAAUGUGCUCGGUUGUGGUCCGCAGCCGCAGGCGGAAUUGUCGCGUACAUUUUUAAAGAGUGCAGUGAGAGAAAGGUCAAAAAAUGAGAAUAUGCCUAUGUCCGUUACAGGGUGGCCCUGAGAGGACGGUCGAUCGAAACAGGUGCACAAUUUUUGCAUAAUUUCUAUUGAUAGUCGAUAAGAAACAUUGUUUUUUGUCGCGUAUGAUGUUCCUCCACUUUUGCAAAUUCACUAGGGAUUGAAUGCUAGCUUGAUGGAGUGUUUCAGUGGAUUCUGGUCCCGCCGUCUCGAAGAGGGUGAGGACUCCACGCCCUGGAUCUUCAACGAGGCGGACGCCCCACUCACCACCAUAAACACCAUAGAUGACCGUCACCUCCUGGAAAAAGACCUGACCUACCUGCAGAAGUUCCUUCUGGAUCCCCGAGGAGUGAUGGCAAACAUCCCCGACGGAGACGAAGACUUGCGCGAUAUAAUCCGAUCAAAAGCGGCCAGACACCGCCAGUUCUAUGAAAGCCUAGUAGGCACCGACAUCGCGCCAGGUGAGGCUUCCCCGGAUAACCGCGAGAUGGCGCAAUCGGUAUGCGAGAACGCUGAACUUUGCGAUGUAAACAAACGCGGAUCGCCUUCCCCAGAGCCCACUGAGGAAGACGAUGCAGGUAGCGAAGCGGGUGGUAAAAGGCAGCGUAGGCAGGGGGUGUACGAGCUGUCAGGGGUGGUGGACGACGAUGCGACUAUUUUCAAAAGUGUGAAACAGUUGCGCGAGAACUAUCUGGCCAUGUUGGAGAAAACCUCCAGGAAUCUAGCUUUGGCCGCCAAGGAAUCCGCGGAGAAAGACAAAUUCGACUUGCUGGUGCCGCCUCCGAGUGGGUAUUGCAGUUCCUCUGCCUCGGGGGGUAGUGACGACGAGCGCGAAAAAUCGUGGACGCAGAAAAACGCGGUGCGUAGGUGCGGGAGUUCCGAUUCGGCCGUACACAGCGACGAGGAUGCCGCCGUAGUUUCCAGCUGGGUCGAGAAGAGGGAGGAGUACAAUGUGGGCGAGGGGUACAUCGCCAAGAGCCCUUACAGCCCCAGGGGCUCCAUAGACCACUCGAACGUGCCCAGCAGGACCAUCAUCGAGGCGCAGUACGUGCCCCUUCCCCUCGACAGGAAGUUCAGUGUGGACUGUGUGAGUGACGCGCCCUUAGAGGGUGACGCGAGUGACUGCCGCCGUCAGAGUUGUUUCAGUGAAGGUGACGCGCCUCCCCGGUAUCGGUACUGGAGGACCCCCUCCGUAGUGGUCAGCGACUAUUCGGACGAUAUCAUGGGACUGACCCUGGAGGACAUCGAGUACAUCCGCAACAAGAAGGAGAACUCCUCAUCGCCGGACUCCAGCCUGCACAGCUCGUGCAGCAACCUGAACUACUGCGGGUCCUCCAUAAGUGCUUUGGAGGGCGACUACGUCUUGAGCAAGCCCUACAGGAAGUCGUCGAAUUGUUCCACUUGUUCUACCCUCAGCGACGAGGAGGGGGAGGCCACGUUGCAUCCGAACAGGAAUAAAGAGCCCUCAGGAUGGAGAAAGUUGAGAAAUAUCGUCCAGUGGACACCAUUUUUUCAAACCUACAAGAAGCAGAGGUAUCCUUGGGUGCAGCUAGCGGGCCACCAGGGUAACUUCAAGGCAGGACCAGACCAGGGUACGAUUUUAAAGAAAUUGUGCGCUAAGGAAGAGAAAUGUUUCAAGAUUCUGAUGAAAGAUGUCUUAAGGCCAUAUGUACCUGAAUAUAAAGGAAUUAUCACUAGUGAUGACAAGGAGUGUUCAUAUAUCCAGUUACAAGACUUGUUGGGAGAUUUUGUAUCCCCUUGUGUGAUGGACUGCAAAAUAGGUGUCAGAACUUAUCUAGAGGAAGAGUUGGCAAAGGCAAAAGAGAAGCCAAAACUGAGAAAGGAUAUGUAUGAGAAGAUGUGCCAAAUCGAUCAAAACGCCCCUACUGAUGAGGAGCACAAAAUGAAGGGGGUUACUAAGCCGAGGUAUAUGGUCUGGAGGGAGACCAUCUCGUCCACAGCUACUCUAGGAUUCAGGAUAGAGGGUAUACGCAGUGCGGACGGUACUUCUAGUAAAGAUUUCAAGACCACCAAAACCAAAGACCAAAUCAUAGCUGCUUUCGAAAAAUUCACCGAUGGUUUUCCUCAUGCAAUACCAAAAUACAUUCAGAGAUUGAAAGCGAUCAAGGCAACUUUAGAAACAUCUGAAUUCUUCAGUACUCAUGAGGUAAUAGGAAGCUCGCUUCUCUUCGUGCAUGAUCGCUAUAAUGCCAACGUGUGGCUCAUCGACUUUGCCAAGACCAUAGUCCUACCGGAAGACAUAACAAUCACACACAGUUCCAAGUGGAAAGUCGGGAACCACGAAGAUGGAUACUUAAUUGGAGUGAACAACCUAAUAAAAAUUUUCAUGACCAUGCUGGAACACCAGCCAGUAGCCAUCAGCCCGCCGUUAUCAUUACAGGACCCGCCGGAAGUAUCGGCCAAGGAGAAGGACGAAAACACAUGAUUUUCAAAUCACAUUUGAUGUUGAAUUAACGUUUUUACGUUUGAUAUUAGUAUUAUUAACUGUGUACUGACUUGUCAAGAGAGGAUUUUGUACAUUUUUUACUUUAAACCGGCUCUGUUUAUGCCAGAGCGGAAUUUUAUAAACGGAACAUUUUAGGUCCGUUUUAAUAAGUGUAGGUUAAACUGAGAACUGAUUAUUUGUAUGUAGGUUUACUGUAGGUCUUAUGGGGUAAAGCUACAAUUAUUAUGGACAAAUAUGCAUUCUAGAACCACAGUAAGAACAAUGUUAUAAAUGGAACAGACAAGUCCAAAAAAGGUGUCUAAAUCAAAACAAAAUGUUUUUCUUGCAAAUUUUUUAUUUUGUUUACCUCAAAAUUUUUUAACAGGUCUGAAAAAUAUUGUAUUUUAAUUUUUUUUAGGAUGUACUCACAAAACACAUGUAAAUGUAUUGUUAAUGUCUUUCAAUAAAGCUAUUAAUUUGUUGUGUUAGAAAAACAUGUUUUUUAAUUCGUCAUUUAAAAUAUCUGCAACAGUAUUAUUGAAAAUUGCCGAAUUUAUUAGAGCAGGUGUCUAUAAAAAAAUAUUCCCAAUACUGACAAAAUUGUCUGCAAUUUUAAACAUACAGAGAAAAUUAAAUUAAAAAUAA